CAGCAUUAAUAUUGUGACACCCCACACCUACCCAUCACACCCAACUUCAACCCAACCCUGCCCAACCACCUAGCCCAGCACCAAGAAUAAGUAAGCCACCCAGCGCAUUUUAGCAACCGCAAGUUCAAAAUGGCGCACCCGAUUGCGGAGGCGAACGAGGAAAGCCCCUACGGCGCGUUAACUCCGGAGGCCUUCUAUUCCCGCCACAACGUCUCCCACGCAUCCGAGUACACCACAAACCCCCGAGGCCUCAAGCUCUUCACCCAGUGGUGGACCCCACUGCCUCCGACUGAGAUCGUCGGGACCCUCGCCAUCGUCCACGGCUUCACCGGCGAGACCAGCUGGUUCGUCCAGCUCACCGCCGUCCACUUCGCCAAGUCCGGCUUCGCCGUCUGCGCCAUCGACCACCAGGGCCAUGGAUUCUCUGAUGGACUCAUCGCUCACAUCCCCGACAUCAACCUCGUAGUCGACGACUGCAUCUCUUUCUUCGACUCGUUUCGUGCCAACCACGCGCCGAAGAACCGCCCCUCGUUCCUCUACUCUGAGUCCCUCGGCGGCGCGAUCGCCCUUCUCGUCACGCUCCGGCAAGGAAGCGGCGCGUGGGACGGUCUCAUCCUCAACGGCGCCAUGUGCGGGAUCAGCCCCAAGUUCAAGCCGCCGUGGCCGCUCGAGCACCUGCUCUUCCUCGUGGCCGCGGUGAUCCCGACAUGGAGGGUGGUUCCCACGCGUGGGUCGCUCCCGGACGUGUCGUUCAAGGAGGAGUGGAAGCGGAAGCUGGCGCUGGCGAGUCCGAGGAGGACGGUGGCGAGGCCACGCGCUGCGACGGCGCUUGAGCUGCUGAGAGUGUGCAAGGAGCUGCAGGGGAAAUUCGAGGAGGUGGAGGUGCCGCUGUUGAUAGUCCAUGGGGGCGACGACGUCGUCUGCGACCCCGCAUGCGCGGAGGAGCUGUACAGGCGCGCGUCUAGCAAGGACAAAACGCUCAGGAUCCACGAGGGCUUGUGGCACCAGCUGGUUGGCGAGCCCCAGGAGAAAGUGGACUUGGUGUUCGGUGAAAUGGUGGAGUGGCUUCGUACUCGAGCUCAACGCGCCGCCGCCGCGAAUGGAGGUGGUGGUGCCUAGUGCAGAACUAUAGGGGUUAGGGCUAAUUUGGUUUGCUGUGUCUUGAAAAAAAAGGCUUGAUGUGAGAAUAAGCGGUUGUGCUAUGAAAAUAAGCGAUUGUGAAAUAAAUCAGCAAAGCAUUUGGUAAAUUUUUUUGUAAAAGUGCUUUUGGAAAAAAAACAGUUUGAUAGUGAGUUUUUUCA